AUGAGCACUAAAGACAAUCCGGGUACUCUGCCGAUAAAUCUCUAUGCCCUGGCACAGCCAGCUAGCGAGCCUUUGGAAUUCUCGAAAAUUACAGAAAAUGGUACCCAAACAGACACACACCAUGCCAACACGCACAACAUUCUUCAUUCCACUGGGGACGUUGUUUUUCUUGCCUCGUACGCCAAUUGUGGGCGGAUGAUGAUCUACCAUCUACAAGAAAACGUUAGUGUUUCAACAAAGAAAGCAAGAGCCACCAUUUUUGAAGGUGACCCUUUUAAUCCACUUAUAUUUACAGAAGAAGGAGUUGUCAAGGUCAAUGCGAAAGAAAUACCUGGUUCUCAAGUGGAAACCGUUUGCAGGAGAUAG